AAGGCUGAUCCGGCGGGGAGCCCUCGACAUCUCGCCUUCGAUUGCGGGGGCAGCGGCGGCGGAGGAGGAGUCGUUCGGGAUGCCGAUGACGUCGGGGGCGUACGCGGGCACGGGGCAGUACUUCGUGCGGUUCCUGCUCGGCACGCCUGCGCGGCCGUUCCUGCUGGUGGUCGACACCGGCAGCGACCUCACCUGGGCGAAGUGCCGCCUCCGAGGCCGCCGCCGCCGCCACCGGGUUUUCCACCCCGCCUCGUCGAAGACCUUCCGGAUCAUCCCCUGCGCCGCGGAGAUGUGCAAGAACGAUCUGCCUUUCUCGUUGUCGGCGUGCCCGACGCCGACGAGCCCCUGCCGUUACGAUUACAAGUACUCCGACGAUUCGUCGGCGCAAGGCGUGUACGCGAACGAGUCAGCCACCGUGAUCCUCGCUGGGCGCCGCCGCGCGAAGCUGCGGGGCCUGGUGGUGGGCUGCACCGCCACCUUCUCCGGGGCGAGCUUCUGGGCGGCGGACGGGGUCCUGGGGCUGGGCAACAGCGGCAGCUCCUUCGCGGCGAGGGCGGCCGCUAGUUUUGGCGGCGGAUUCUCCUACUGCCUCGUCGACCACCUCAGCCUCCGCAACGCCUCCAGCUUCCUCCGCUUCGGCCCCGCGAGGCCGCCUGCGGCGGCGCCGGUGCAUGAGACGCCGCUGGUGCUCGACUUGCAGCCAUUCUACGGGGUGGGGAUCAUGGGCAUCUCCGUUGACGGAAAGAUUCUGGCAAUCCCAGCGAUCGUGUGGGAUUUCGCCUCCGGCGGCGGCACCAUCGUCGACUCGGGGACUAGCCUAACGUUACUGGCGGAGCCGGCUUAUGGGUUAGUGGUGGGAGCGCUGAGCCGGCGUCUGACGUGGGCUCCGAGGGUGAGCAUGGACCCCUUCGAGUUCUGUUACAACUGGACGGCGGCAACUGCAGAGGAGAAAGCGGGUCCGGUCCCAGCGAUGGUGGUGCACCUCGCUGGCGGGGCGAGGCUGGACCCUCCGGCGAAGAGCUACCUGAUCGACGUGGCUGACGGCGUCAAGUGCCUGGGGAUCCAGCCGUCGCCGUGGCCGGGCGUCUCCACGCUCGGCAACAUCUUGCAGCAGGAACACAUGUGGGAGUUCGACGUGGAAAAUCAACGGCUGAGAUUCAGCCGAUCGACGUGCCAGGCCAACUGACCUUGAAAUCGGACGCUCCAUAUACGCACGUAAAAUGCGGAGGAUCAUUCUUCCAUGCAUACGAUUGCCACGUGGAAUUAAGAAA